CACCACCAUGACAAAAUAGUCCCAAGGACGUAAACAUGUCAAAGCAAUAUUUGACCCUUCAUACAAUCGAUAAGGCGCACCCCAUUGAAAUCUUCUCCUUAGCCUUAACUUCGAGCCAACUGAUAUCCUGCUCAGGAGCAUCGUCGCUCAAAGUCCACUCAACCACAGAGCCAGAUUUCCCCUUAGUCCAAUCCAUCGACGGCGCGCACAAGAUCGGCUGCCACCACCUGGUUGCAAGCAGGGAUGGUACAAGGCUUGUGAGUGUUGGAUUUGGUGGGGAGGUUAGGGUGUGGUCUUCUCUUGCUGGUGGGGUGUGGGUGGCUGAUGAGGGGAUAGGCGAUGCCGUGGGUGGUGGGAAGGGUGAAAGUAAGUUGAAAGUCAGCGGGGUAUGGGCCGCCGCGCUCUCUGUGGAUGGCGAGUAUCUUGCUGGCACGACGUUGGAUGGGCAUAUCAAAGUCUGGCACAUCGAUGGGGCCGGGAAGGGCAAUAACGUGUCCCAGAUCCGCGAUCUGGAGACGAAGGGUAGCUUUGGGAUGUGUAUUGAUCUGUCCGCAGACGGCAGCCUGACAGCAUCUGGCCACGCGAAUGGGAACAUCUUUAUGUUCCGCAAUGAGACAGGGCGGAUGAUACAUUCCCUGUCGGGUCUAGCCUCCCCCGUUCGAGCUGUAUCAUUCUCCCCUGGGGGUAAACUUCUCGCAGCAGCAGGUGACUCUCGAGUAAUCCAGCUGUAUGAGACAUCUUCCGGUGAGCAGGUAGCCAUGUUAACAGGGCAUGGGUCCUGGAUUACUUCUCUGGACUGGAGUCAUUCUGGUGAAUUCCUUUUGAGCUCAGCCCUUGAUGGAAAGGUUAAAGUGUGGUCGAUUGAACGGAGGGUGUGCGUGGCCACGCACUCUGAGUCCGAUGCGGCCAUAUGGAGUGCGAAGUGGUUGCCAAAAGUUGGAGGGUCGGCAGAGAAGUUUGUUACAGCGAAUGCUAAGGGGGGCAUUACUUUUUAUCGUGAGGCUACGGGGGGAUGAGCAUGAAUAAGUAACUGAACGGGCGGGAUGAUGAGUAUUUUGCAAGAUAUUCAUCGAAAACAAGGGAAGAGGGUAUGAAAAAUACUACUCUUCGUUGGAGGCGAUAUGAAAAAAUAGAAUUAAUAGGAGGAAUUCAAAAGGGCGAAACCAAAUAAAUAUAUGAAAGGAAAAACUAACGCCCCCUGCCCCUUGUCGUCAAUAAUGAAUAAAAUAUAGUCAUCAACUCAUUCCCUCCGAAUAGAACACCAAUCUC